AAAACACAGACAUAGGGUCAUCGGGCAAUGCGCCCAAUGGACUGGCAUUGUCCUUAUGGCCUCGGAUGUGCAGGUUUGGCGCUGCACCGCGGACUCGCCACUGAUGUGCUCCGGCAGAUGCGGCCGCUGGGAGGUGCCGUAUGCGGUGAAGCCUGGAAAGCAAGUCGUGGCCUUCCGAGAGGGCGACUUGCUGCGGUUGCUGCAGCCCUGGGGCCUCAGCGUGGGGUUUUGUGACGCCUCCGGGCGCCCGCUCUUCGUAGCUGAAGCAGGCAGCGCGGUGCCCUGGGCCCGGCCGGCAGCUUCGGCAGCCUCGGCAUCGGCCUGGGAGCGGCGCGCGCUGGAGCUGGAGUCGGUGUACCUCACGGAGCUCAGCGCCUACACGGCCAUGGAUGCCGCCGCCGGCGUGGAGCGCGCCGUGACGCGGGCCGACCGCUUUGAGCGGCGGGCCAAGAUCGAAGUCUCGCCUCGCGCGGCCAAAGCCGGGCGCUGCAAAGAGCGGCUCAACGAGCUCCUGGCGGAGGCGGUUGCCAGCGUUCAGCUUCCUGUCGCUGACGGCAGGCCCCAGGUGCUGCUCCUGGACGGCGCCUCUGGCGCCACCUCGGCGGCCCUCGCCGUGCCGCCGCACGCGGUGCUGGCGCCCAACGUGGCGCCGGAGGCCGCGGAGGCGCUGAGGGCCAAGGGCCUGUGGAGUUGGUGUGGACGCGUGGAGGACUUCCUGCGCAGCAACUUGGAGCUGGGCCCUUUGCGCCUGGUGUACCUGGACCACACCGGGUGCUUCGCCUCGCGCGCCAGCCACCUGCAGGCAGCCUUUGGCUCCGGCCUGCUGGCUCCUGGCAGCCUCUUCGCCUGUACCUUCUCCAUGCGCUUUUCGCCAGUGGAGGACCUGUCCGGGGCGGCGGUGCUGCCUAGCUUUCAGCCGCCCGGCUGGAGCGCCGGCCACGCUCUGCAUGCGCUGGCGUACACGCUGCAAAGGUGCGCGGAUGAGGCGCAGCUGGACCUGGAGGGUGUGGACCUCCCAGGCCUGAACGAUUACGACCUCUUUGAGCCUGCGGCAGAGGCGCCGGGGGUUCUGGGCGCUCCGGUUCCGGCGGCCUUGGCAGCACUGGACAGGGAGGACAUGCCAGGGCUCGCAGCAGCCAUGGCGGCCUGGGCGCAGGAACCCGAAGAUGGGCUGCAGUGGCUGCGUGGGCCCGUUGCGGCCGCCGCGGAGCAGGUGCUUUGCUGUGGGCCUCUGCUGGGCUGCGCCUGGCGCACCGGAUCCGCAGGCCGCGGGCAUCCCCAUUGCAUGCUGGGCGCUACGGGCGCGGUGAAGGACCGGGACCUCGCGCGGCUGCGCACCGCGGCUGCGCAGCUCCGUUCGCGGCCUGAGGCGCUGGCAACAGCCCUGGGCUCAGCGAUCCCCGCGGCGGCAAACACCCGCGGGCGCCGCGUUUUUCGGCGCAGCGUCUUGGUGUACCCAGAGGAGAUGAUGUUCUUCAUGGUGCGGGUGACGGCCAGAGAAAGCACCGUACCGCUGCGCGCGAAGUUCAAGCAGGGGGGCUUCUUCUGCAUGGAAUCCGGAUGUUCGACGAUGCAAACUUCUCCCUUGACUGGGCCAGAGUUCUCACAAUUGGCAACGGUGGUAGCUUUGCUUUUGAGUUUGGUGGUGUCCUUUCUCAACCAGAACGUGUCAAGAGUGGAGGCAGAAGUCAAGGAAGUGAAGCGGGACCUCGGCGAAGUGAAGGACAUGAUGAAGCUCCGGUUCCUUCUUGGUUUUGCCUUGGUGAGCAUUGAGAUUGCCAGGGAUGCUGGUGAGGUCCAGGACCUCGAGAUCCGCUUGGAUUCGACCCAAGAGGUUUGGGGCCGUGGCCCACCCGUCCCGCCUUUCGAUGUCACGGAGCGUCGCCCGGCAUUUGGCUCCGGAGUGGGACCGCCGGCCUGGGAACCGCCAGAGGCGCGUCGCGACGCGCGAGGCAUGGCCAAAGAGACGCUUUACUGGCUAUUUGGCUACCGCCGAUGCGAAAGCUGCCAAGAGUUCAGCAAUGCUGGCUGGUUCGAUGACGAGGGCAUAUGGUACUGUGAAGAAUGUCAGAUGAACUGCGUGCUGGAUGUCUUUGCCGACGACCCCGUACCAGCGGAGUCCUGGGUUCGGUGCGGCCUUCGCUGCGCGAGGCAGCUUCCUGUGCUGGCAGCUGGUCAGCUUCUGGUCUGCGGGCGCGAGCUGGCGAAAGCGUCAGGGCAGGUGGCCUUGCUGGGAGGCCGCCUGAUGCUGAGCUCUAGUGCUGCGGCAGUGGCCUCGGCGUGGAGCAGAGGCACGCACAUUGGGGACGAGGUGAGGGCCAAAGCCCUGGCCGAGUUCGAAGAUCCGUGGGUGGUGGUGGUGGAUGGCCGUCCCGGAUGGCUACUCCCCGGCGACCCAGUGGAGGUUUGCACUCACAAGUCCCCAGGACGCCCCACGCUCUUUCGCAUUUGCGACGUUGCGGAGUCGCGGAGCAUUCCAGGAUGGCGGGGCCUGGUGAAGUCCAAGGCCGAGGGUGGAUUUUACAUGGUCGAGGACGCCUCCCAGAAGGUGUACACUGUGCCGGAGGAGCACCUCAAGGUCGAUGGCCACCGAGCCGCAGCCCUCUAG